CAGUACAGACAGAGGGAUAAAAGGAGGAAUACAAUCGCUAUGAAUCGGGCUUAAAAUUCAGCAAUCGAAUACGUUUUCUCAAUUGAUAAUAAUUUUAGAUACCUCUAGAAACCAAAAAUGUAUAGCCAAGAGGAAGAAAUGAUGUAUGAGGCUGAGGACGACGGUGAUGAAAUCACCGCGGACCUCUGGCAGGAGGCUUGCUGGAUCGUCAUCAGUUCGUAUUUUGAUGAGAAAGGUUUAGUACGACAACAGCUGGACUCGUUUGACGAGUUUAUACAGAUGUCCGUUCAGCGAAUCGUGGAGGAUUCGCCUCAGAUAGAUCUCCAAGCGGAGGCGCAACACACGUCAGGAAUGGUGGAAACGCCGCCGAGAUAUCUGCUGAAGUUUGAACAGAUUUAUCUGUCUAAGCCUACCCACUGGGAGAAGGACGGAGCUCCCAGUCCCAUGAUGCCUAACGAGGCUCGACUCAGAAACCUCACAUACUCUGCCCCAUUAUACGUGGACAUCACUAAAACAGUAGUCAAGGAAGGUGAGGAUCCAGUGGAAACCCAGCAUCAAAAGACCUUCAUUGGCAAAAUACCCAUCAUGCUUCGCUCCACUUACUGCCUUCUGAACAAUCUUGUCGACCGUGACUUGACAGAGUUGAACGAGUGUCCAUUAGACCCGGGGGGUUACUUCAUCAUCAACGGGUCAGAGAAGGUCCUCAUAGCUCAGGAAAAGAUGGCCACAAACACAGGUAGAGUCUGUAAAAACUUUGAAACUUGUACAAAAUAA